AUGGGUUCCAUCGAUCAACCACCUUUUCCAAUCGUCGACUUCGCCAAAUGGCACGACCCGCAGGGCAAAGAUGAUCGAUUAUCCAUUGCUAAGAGCCUAGUCGAUGGCUGCCGGUCGCAUGGUUCUGUCUACGUCAUUAAUCACGGCGUCUCGCAAGAAUUAGUAUCCAAGGCCUUCGACAUGUCCUCGCGUUUCUAUCAUCUGAGUGAUGCCGUCAAGGAGCAAGUGGCCCAUCCCCCAGGGAUGGAAAUCCACCGAGGCUGGACGAAGCUGGGAGGAGAGAAUGCGAGUAAUUAUUCCUUCGACGGCCUGGAGAAGCUCAAGCAAUCCGCGGCCGUGCCCGAGAAGAGGGAGUGUUUGGAUGUCGGCAGCGACGAGAGACCCGAUAUGCCGAACAUGUGGCUGCCGGAGCAGACGCUACCAGGCUUCAGAGAGACCAUCAUGGACUUCCAUCAAGAGGCGCGCGGAGUUGUGACAGCCGUGCUUGGUGCACUUGGACUAGGCAUCGGACUGAGAGAUCCGGAUUACUUCACGAACUUGCAUCCACCGAUUCGCAAUCACCUCAGAGUAUUAUACAGCCCUCCUAUUCCGGCCGCUGAGCUUGAGAGCGGAGCUGCGAAGCGCAUGGGCACUCACACAGACUUCUCGCCGCUUGCUGUCAUCUUUCAAGACGACUGCGGAGGUCUGCAGAUGGCGAACCCGUACAAGAAUGAUGGCGUCUUCACCGAUGUGACUCCGAUCGAGUCUACCUGUGUGCUCACCCUCGGCCAGCCUUUUGAGCGGUGGACAAACGGCUUCCUCAAGGCCGUUCCUCAUCGCGUUGCAAUACCACCACGCGCCGAUCGAUUUGAUGGGGCCGAAAGAAUGACGAGAGGAAGGCUGUCGCUUGCGUACUUUGCAGAUCUUGUUCCGGACACUGUCAUUGAACCGCUCCCGGAAUGUGUUGAUGACGGACAUCCACGUCUGUUCGAUCCAGUCACUAUACGCGAAAUCUUCCAGAAUGGAUACAAAAUGAUGGAAUCGCGGUACGGUGAAAAGGUUUCCAGCUCGUAG